AGAAUCAGAAAUGAGGGUAUUUAGCAAAUAUUUCGGACAUACAAGAAGCGACUACGUGAAUGCAUUCACCGGUGAAGGUCGACAUUCUCCAGAUUUCGGUGUUUCACCGUAACAUAUAUAUCCUAUUAACUUUCAUUAAAUUUAUUUUUGCUUAGGCCCACAAAACAUAGGACUAUUUUCAAGAACAAAACAAAAGAAGAUGAAAUAUUAUGAACAAAACUUAAAAAUAGAGAAGAAAAAUUCUUUUCUGGAGUGAAUGGGAACAAGAGGAAAUGUAGGCAAAGAAAACAAUACUAUUUUGCCAAUCUUGAGAUAAAAUCGAGAACUAAGGAAUAUUUUUAAUAUCAAUAUCACGAUGUUUAUUCAGCAUAACGCAGGUGCUAAAUUGUAAAGAAAAGUCUGAAAGGUAAGUUUGGUAGUGGCGCAAAAUUAAAGUUCUUAAAAAACAAUGUUUCCUAAGGGCAGAUUUCAAUAUAUUUGCAUCGCACAUUUUAUAGUUAUUAAAUUAAUAUUGCUAACAUUACUCUAUUUUUUUCCUAAUUCAAGUAAAAGAUUUUACAUUGCAGUCGGCGAGUGUGUUUUAUUCAUUGCUUUUUCGAUUUUGAGUUUUACUUGGGUGAAAAGAAAAUUUCUAAGUGAUAAAAUAAGUCCUGGAGAUAAAGCAGUUCUUAUAACAGGAUGUGACACUGGAUUUGGAUUUCAUCUGGCAAAAUAUCUGGAUUCCAAAGGGUAUCACGUAUUUGCCAGUGUUUUGAAUCCAAUUGCUCCAGAUAUGUCAAGACUCAAGUCAGAGUGUUCUGAGCGACUACACAUUUUAGAGCUCGAUGUUACGAAGGAGGAAAGUGUGCAGAAGGCAUUGGAAUUUGUUACAAGCAAAUUGUCAUGGUUAAGUAAAUAAUUUUUUUCUUAUUUUAAUUACAUUGUCUGACAUGGAGGUCCUUUAUUCAUUUAAAGCAUUGUUUUGUAUUUAGUUAAAUGCAUUAAUAAAUAAAAUA